AUGGCCUGCAAAAAAAUACAAAUACUGGCCAGAGGACAAUGAACUGGGUAAGAAGGACCAUACUACCUCGAUUGCGAAUGAGCAUUACUUCCUUAAAACUAAACAUGCCUUCAAAGCAGCCAAGCUUAUGCCAGCGGAUUCCCACAGACUGCUGGAUGGGAGUUUUUGACCAUCUGGAAGCAGACGAAAUCGUGACAGCUUUAGCCGCAUCUCGCCAUCUCACUGCAUCUGUUCGACCUUCGGUAUAUAGUAGGAUCGCCUGGGAAUGGAACACCGUGCCCCGAGCACGCAUUCUGCACUUACUGCGGGCUGUCCUACAGUGCCCUGACCUGGCUUCAAAUAUCCAGCACGUCUCGAUAUUGUCAUCUUCGGAAUAUGCCUUUGAUGAAAAAUGGCAAAAGGACGCACGAUUUGGACAGGAUGAGCCAUUUUCGGAUCAAGAUCUCCAGAGCUUUAGCGACGUCGUGGAACAGUCCCAAUCAAUUGUUGACAAAGGCCAGUUCCCAGAAGCCUCGAAAUGGAACGAAGCGCUCCAGAAUGGCAAUUCUUAUGCUUACGUGACCAUCCUUCUCUCCCAAUUACACAACCUUCAAUCUCUUCGGCUGGACUACUCCUUUGUCUGGCAAUCAGGGUUUCCUGGAUUAAUGUUGAAGCACGCGCUAUUUUCCGCGCCAAAAGGAGUACUGCCAUCUUUCGACUCUCUUACGACAAUUGACUACGGUAGUAAUGUACCACUGUCUGAAGAGUUUGAACCCUACCUCAACUCUUUUGAUAAAUUGCAUGGCUAUCCCCCUUGUGAUCCCAAUCAAUUCAUGGCCUGGUUCCAUCUGCCUUCCAUUCAAUCCUUAUCCAUUUGGCUACGGAGCUUUCAAGACGUUAUUACUAGUGAGGACCAGGGAAAUCUGAGUAACCUGGACACGCUGGUCGUCGCUCGAGCUACUAUUAAAGAAGAAAAUGUGCCAGCUUUACUGUCCCAGAUGACUACGUUGAGGUCUCUGCACUUAGGCAUGGCGUAUCGAUGGCACAGUGAAUUUGCCUUGGAAUCAUGUUCGAACAUACUGGAGGGCUUGGAGUCCAUCAGUGGCACUCUAGAAAAGCUCUCCCUGGGGGUAGAAUACUAUCCAUUCAGUAGUGGGCACUAUAAUUUUGGAACCGACUUUGAUCAUCAGGCCAGGAUAGAAUUUAUGUUUUUUCUGAAUCACUUCCCCCGGCUGCGAUCUGCAGAAGUACCAAUCACUCUACUUAUCGGAUUGGAACCAGAGGACUCGAAUGAAAUUGGCGAACGUCUACCUGAUACCCUUGAGGAAUUAUGUCUGCAGUGGGAUAAUGCGGAAAUUAUGAGUAAUGAUUGGGAAUUCGAGUCACAAUUACACGAUUGUGUCCGGUAUCUGCUGGAUGAUCUACAAUCUCAUUCGCCGCACCUUAAACGAGUCACCAUCCGGCAGCGCUGUGAGAGCCCCAAGGACAAGGAAUGGUUUGCCAAGGAUCGCGCGGAAUUGAAAGAGAUGUGCACAGAGGCCGGGAUUGACCUGGAGGUGGUAUGGGACUAUCUGUCUCCGGGAUUAUGGACACAAAAUGAUCCCUAAAUAAGGGUGGGUCGUUCCUGUGAUUAUUUAAAGAAAUCAGCGUUAUUAUAAGCAGUAUUUUGUAAGCACUACAGUAAGCUUGUUCUAACAAAUCGGGUAGUAAUGAAAUCUCAAAGCAAAGUGCCU